UCAGUGCUUUGCCGUCACUAAAUCAAUUUUGCUAUUUAUUAUUUUGAUCGCAUUGCGUUUGUUGACAAAGCGUAGGCUACAUUUAAAUUAUUUUACAAAUAUACGGUUGACAUGGCUGCCGCCCGUCGUGAUAUAGCGCCGUUCCUGCAGCGCGUACGCGCCUUUCUGCUGGGCCGUGAACAUACUGUUGCGCUGCGCUUCGAGGAUGGCUUAGCCGACCGCACACAGCCCCAGCCGGAGCUACCGGACGGACCCUCGCACCUGUACUCGGCCAACUACUACUGCACCCGCGAUGCUCGUCGUGAGGUGCAGCCGCCCAUCGACCUGGUGCAACAGCAGAAACUGAUCGAUGCUGCCACCGAAGGUGCACCCAAGGCUCGCGCCCAGCUGCCCACGCCCGGCAAAGUCUAUGCCUGGGACUAGAGCCGUUCCGCGACCCAAUCGAUUGCACGCAAUCAGUAAAUUAAAUCAAUCUUUUUUUUUUUUGUGCGAAUGCCGUUUAAUUCUAAAUAUAGACAUUGUUAAACCACGGAGCAUUUCUAGCAUUCACUGCUCAGGGGAGAAGAAGGUCGCUGGGCAGCACUGGCUCUUACUACAGUUGUCAUUCGCAAUGUGGAACCUUUAGCAGUAAUUCUUGUUAUAAUUAUAAAGAUGAAUGAUUGAAAAGAUGCAUUUGCAAAUUUA